CUCUCCUGUCCUCUCUUUCACUUUCUUGGUUUUUUUUUUCAAAAUGUUAAAUUGGUCGCCGGACCACCAUCGCCGUUAGAUUCGCUACCAGAUUUUUCCGAUGAGUUUUGGCAGAUUUCCGAAAAAUCAACGGUGACGAAGUUCUAUAAUUUAUGGAAAUAGAGACAGAUUUUAUGGAAAUUUAAGCUCCUUAAAAACGAUUUUUUAUUUUUAUUAGUUAUUUACGGGGAAUUGAUUUGAUGCAUGCCGUUCCAUUGCCUUAAUCUCUAUCUCGAUUUGUAAAUCUAAUCCUCAAUUAGUUUCGAUACAAAAUGUUCAAGAAUUUUAAGAAAGGAGGGCAUCGGAAGCCUUCCAAAUCAUCGGACUCAUCAGCGGAUGCAUCUUCAAAGGGAAUCGGUGCACCCGGGCCGGGUCCGACAUCAAAAUCCGGUGUCGGUGCACCAGCUCAGAACACCGUCGAACCUGUCGUUCCACCGCCGAUGACCCACGUGGAACCCUUGCCUUUACUCGGAAAAUCCCCCGCUGCGGAGAGACAGAACCUGUUCAUGAGGAAAUUACAGGUUUGUUGCUUCCAAUUCGAUUUCACGGACACCUUGAAAUCAGCCCGAGAAAAAGAAAUCAAGCGGCAAACGCUGCUAGAACUCGUCGAUUUCAUCCAAUCCGGUACAGGCAAAGUCGCGGAGGCUUGCCUCGGAGAGAUGAUCAAGAUGGUCGGAGUCAACAUCUUCCGAUGCCUCCCGCCGGCGUCUCACGAGAGCUCGGGGACGGAAGUCGUGGAUCCCGACGAAGAGGAAAACUAUUCCGAACCCUCGUGGCAACAUUUACAGAUCGUUUACGAGCUUCUCUUGAGGUACGUCGUUUCAUCUGAUACGGACACUAAGGUUGCCAAGCGAUACAUUGAUCAUACCUUUGUUUUAAAGCUGCUUGAUUUGUUUGAUACUGAAGAUUUCAGGGAAAGAGAGUACUUAAAAAUGGUUCUUCAUAGGAUUUAUGGAAAAUUCAUGGUGCAUCGUCCUUUAAUUAGGAAAUCCAUAAGCAACAUAUUCUAUAGGUUUAUCUAUGAAACCGAGAGACAUAGCGGUGUGGGCGAGCUUUUAGAGAUUCUAGGAAGUAUUAUCAAUGGCUUCUCAAUGCCUAUGAGAGAAGAACAUAAAUUGUUCCUUAUGAGAGCAUUGAUCCCUUUGCAUAAGACUAAACAGGUCGGUAAUUAUCAUCAGCAAUUGUCUUAUUGUAUAGUUCAGUUUGUUGACAAGGAUUAUAAGCUGGCUGAUAUGGUUAUUAGAGGGCUGUUGAAGUAUUGGCCAUUGGUUAAUUGUCAAAAGGAAGUUCUCUUCCUCGGGGAACUCGAGGAAGUGCUCGAAGAAACACAGUCCGCAGAGUUCCAACGAUGUAUGGUUCCUCUUUUCCGAAAGAUUGCACGUUGCCUUAAUAGCCCUCAUUUUCAGGUUGCAGAAAGAGCCCUCUUCUUCUGGAAUAGCGAGCACAUUGUGAGCUUAAUCGCUGAGAACCGACAGGUAAUAUUACCAAUCAUCUUUGAGGCAUUGGAGAAGAACAUCCAAAGUCAUUGGAACACUGAAGUUCAUGGGUUGACCGUGAACGUACGGAAAAUGUUCUUGGAAAUGGACGCUGAGUUAGUCGAUGAGUGCCAGAAACAGCUUGCAGAGAAACAAGCCAAAGCCAGAGAGGUAGCAGAGCAACGAGAAAUGACAUGGAAGAAACUCGAAGAUGCGGCACGCAAGUAGUGGGAAUGAUUAUGGUCUAGCUGAUUAAUCCGAGCCAGAGGAAGGCUCGAUGGAUGUUCUGCUAUUCCCUUCUCAAUUUUGAUGGUAUUCCUCUUUUUCUUUUUCUUUCCACGUAUUUUUAUUUUGUUCAAAUUUAAUCAUCCAAAACAGAACAGCGACGGAUGUAAUUAAAAAAGGUAUCGAAUUUUGUUAGUAACAUGCUGCUAAUUAAAUGAUUUGUUAGGAACAACUUGUAUUUUUUGGUUGUUCUUACAAAGAAGGAUUAACUUUUAUAUUUUA